AUGCGAACUGUCAAACAUUUUUCUCCACCACAGGGCCCGAAAAUAUUCUGCUCCGCCAACAAGAGCCAGCAACCUUGUCGCCAGCACGCGAAGCGUGAAUUUCGUUCGGUUAUAUCACCCUCGGAACCACAGAUUUCGCUUGGCGGCAGAGGCAAAAAGAAAAUCCGCCACCACCAAAAGCGGACACGAGGUGAUCGCUGGGGAAAAUUUAAACCAGCUAAAGAAAAAGGCCGUAAGAACUCUCUGGCAAAGGUGGGGGCGACGGAAGGCGACACGUAUCCACGUGAAAUCGUCUUCAACGAAUUCUACUUCUUGGUACGAGGGAACUCUCUUGUCAACUGGCAGCGCAAAUGGGACGAGGAUGAGGAUGGUCGGUGGCUCCACUCGAUUAUCCCAAAGGUAAGCCUUAAACCCUGGUUUAAUAGAUUGGACCUGAGUCGGGAUUUUAUUCGUAUAUUUUCCCGUCUCAUGUCCAAUCAUUGUUCCUUAGACGCGGUACUCUAUCGUUUUGACAUUGCUGGCAGCAAUUUGUGUAGUUGCGGCCAAGGUUACCAUGACAUCGAGCAUAUUGUUUGGUCGUGUGAGGUCCAUCUUGUCGCCAGAACGAAUUUAAUAGACUCCCUUAGGGCCCGAGGAAAACCACCUAAUGUUCCAGUGAGAGAUGUACUAGCUGUGCUAGAUUUGGACUAUAUGUUAGAAAUCUACCUUUUUCUAAAAGCUAUCGAUCUUCGUCUAUAAUUUCUUUUUUAUUUUCAUAUUUCCCUUUCUAUCUUCCUUUCUCCUCUCACAAAGUGUUAAGUUAAGAAAUCAAUUGUAAACAACCAAAAUCGAUUUUGGCUCCUUAAAGCCUGAAGGUAUGA